AUGCAAUUUAUUCGCCCAUUCGAUGAAGACCAGGCCGUCGACACUGGUUUCCCAAAAUACCGCGCUCAGAUUCUCUCUCAUCUAGAGAGCGGAAUUAUCAUUGCCAGCCAUAUUGGCGGAGGAGGCUGCGGGCCAGGCCUACACUACCACCACAGUGAUCAGUUCUAUUAUCUUCUGCGUGGCAUGAUGCAACUCCGUCUGGGAAAUGAGGUCUAUACGGUCACCGCGGGUAGCCUCGUCUUCAUCCCGGCCGGCCUUGCCCACUGCAAUUGGAACGACGGCCCCGAAACCGAGACCCACCUCGAGAUGAUCAUACCAUCACCUUCGCCACUGGGGAAAAUCGCGUACUUGGUCGACAGCCCCGAGGAUGUACCACUGGAACUCCGAUCCACUCGCAAGGGUUAUGUCCGCCGCGCCGACCCUGCACAUUGUACAGAGCCACUGCCCGGCUUCCUGACCCUGCCAUUGGCGGACCCUUCCUCGGGAUCGACGCGUAGCGUCAUCUACUACGCCGAGGUCGCACCCGGCAAGGGGGGCCCUGGGACGCAUGUGCAUGAGUUCGACCAAUACUAUUUUGUGCUCGAAGGAGAGCUAACGAUCGAAGUCGCCCUGGAGAAACACGUGGUUGGCCCGGAAACACUCGUGAUUUUGCCAGCUGGUGUGCCUCACAGACAAUUCAAUGAUGGCAACGUUGCUGAAAAGCAUCUCUCCAUCCUGUCACCCGUGCCUGCUGAGGGUCGUCCUUGGGAUCGCGGCGUGACCUUGACCAUCACCGGUGAGGGUCAUUCUGGGGAUCUGAAUGCAGCUGGUAAAUUGGAAAACGAUAAGCCGGUGAGCACCGUGUGA